AUGUCCGCCGACGACGACGGCGAGGACGACUACAUGUCCAUGGUCAUCGAGGAGCCACGGACCAAAGAAACCUUUUCGCAGCGAAAACUCCGUCUGCAGCGCGAGUCAGAAGCAAAAGCCCGUGUCCCCUCAAAGGCCGAGCGCGCCGCCGCCGAAGAAGCCCGGCGCGAGCAUGCCCUAGCCUCUAGUGUGCUGGACCCGGCCAAUAAGGGCUACAAGAUGAUGCUCAAGCUGGGCUUUUCGCCAGGCGACUCGCUCGGCAAGAAGGAGACUGCCUCUACUUCUCAGGCGGGGAGUCGCGUGACCGACACUACUACUACUUCUGCCCAAACUGCUAGCAAGACUCCUACUGAUGAUGAUGAUGAUGAUGCUACUGCUGCUGCUGCUGCUGCUGCGUCAGACUGGGUCCAGUCGCGCGCAGAACCCUUACGACUAGUCGUCAAAGAAGACCGCGGCGGUAUCGGCCUCGACAGCGAGAAAAAGCGCAAGUUCCGCGCCGACGUGGCCGGCGUGUCGAAAAAGAGCAAAGCCGAAGAAGGCGAGUAUCGCGAGCGCAUGCGACUGGAGAGAGAAGAGCGCAGGAUUGAAGCGCAAGUGCAUGCUGCGCAGAAAGUCGCGGAGAAGCUGGAUGCCGAUACCACACAAUCUGCUGAUGCAACGCAAUCGGGGAAGAAGACGACAUCGAGUAUCAACGUGCUCUACCGCGGUCUUGUCCGGGAGCGCGAAGAACGCGAGCGUGACAGACUGGUGCGUCAGACGCUGGAAACGUCUCUCCCGUCGUCGUUUUUCCCCAUGCCUCGACUGCCAGGGACGCGCAAGGAAGAAUACGAAGACGAGGUAAACGACGACGACGACGAUGGAAGAGAAGAAGAUGACGGAAACACACAGCACUCCUUCUUCGAUCAAGACCAAGACACUGAAGACCCCGAGCUCGACGAGUUCAACGCGCUGGCCGCGGGCGAAAAACUGCAGCGACUAGUCCUGUUUCUGCGCGAGAAACAUUGGUACUGCUUCUGGUGCAAGAGUCACUACGAGGACAGCGGGCUGGAGGGGUGUCCGGGCAUUACAGAGGAGGAUCACGACUAA